AAUUGCGUCCCUCCCCUUUUCCUCCCUCCUCUUCUUCCUCUCUCCUCCUCCUCCUCCUCUUGUCUCCUCCGGGCUGCUGCCGAACUUCUCUUCCACACCGACUCCACUUGUGUUCAGUUUGUGUUUGGGCUGAAUAGCAGAGAGGAGCAAAGAGAAGACAUGGCUUUCCUACGAGGAGCGUUUCUGCCGCUGUUUCUUCAUAUCUUCCUGCUGAACCGGAGCGUGUGGGGCAAAGUGGAACUGACUAUGAAUGACAACCUGGAGGCGUACCUCGGUGACCCGGCUGAGAUCCCCUGCCAUUACAGCUUCGCUGGUGUGAACGAAGAGCCCAGCUUCGUCAUAAUCCAGUGGUUUGUGAGAUCUGCAGGAAACGGCUCACGGAUGCGGAUUUUCUACAGUGACGUCAACCAGCAGAUAGUCGACAACAACACAGACUACACCGGCCGCAUCGAGGUGACCUCAGACCAGAGAGGAAACACACUCCUGAUCCAAAACGUCCAGCUCUCUGACGAGAAGGAGUUCUUCUGCCAGGUCAACGGGCAGGAGGCUGGCAAUGCCGAACGCAAGACUCACCUCAGGGUUUUUGCUCCUCCAGAGGCUUCAGAAAUUGAAGGGGUCCCUAAUGGGAUUUCUGUGACCAACACGAUGCCGUCUAAGGUGGCAUCAUGUGAGGUUCGAAAUGGAUUUCCUAAACCCAACAUCACCUGGUACAAGGAUAGUGAGCCACUGGUGCCUAAAGUAGGACAGGUAAACGUGAUCACCCUGGUGACCCGGGAGUACAGAGGCUUCUACUCUGUGCAGAGCACCCUGGAGUACAGGAUACUGAAGGAGGACAAGGACUCCCAUUUCUCCUGUGAGGUCAGCUUCUCUGUCCCGGGAGCCAUCAGGACCAGGAUGUCCCAAAGCAUCAACGUCACCGUUCACUACCCCACCACCAUGAUGGAGCUGUGGAAGGAUUCGCCGCAGGGCUUGGUCAAAGAGGGGGAUACCGUAGAGCUGCGUUGCCAGGGUGACGGCAACCCCCCGCCGGUCUUUGUUUUCAGCAAGGAACAAGAGCCGGAUGUGCUUUUAGAGAGCAGAGGUGAUGUCCUGAUUCUGCCGUCUGUGUCCCGGAAAGACAGCGGCCUCUACCAGUGCCGGGUGCUGGAGUCUGCCGGACAAAUAGAGGUCAAAGAAGAGGUCACGCUCACGGUGCAUUAUUUGGACCCGGCUGUUGUGGUUCCUAAAGAUUUGGAGUAUAUGAAUAAAGGUGAAAAUCUGGUGGCAUCGUGCAACGCUCUGUCCUCUCUGAAAACCGUAACCAUCUGGUACAAGGAAGGGAAGCAGGUGGGUCACGGCAACACGCUGCACCUGAACGACGCCACCUACGAGACGAGUGGACAGUACGUUUGCGAGGUGACCGUUCCCUCACUGCCCUCCCUGCACACCAACGGCUCGGUUCACAUCGUCGUCCAAGGCGGGCCUCAGCUGGCCGGCGUGGAGGACGAGAUCCAACUGGAGGAAGUGGCCGGCCGCUCGCUGAACCUGAGCUGUGAGGCCCGCGGACACCCACUGCCCAGCAUCACCUGGAGCAUCACAGGCAGUCAGAACUGGCAAGAAGUGAUGAGCAAAGCAAACGACCACAUGACUCACAGCAUGGUGUCGGUCAAGAUCAACUCGGACGUUAGCGCCGUUUGUAACGCGUCCAACAGCCAGGGCACUGAGGUCAAGGUCUUCAGCAUCAAAGCCAGUAAGCAUCUCUUUCUUAUAUAUAUUGAACACAUGCAAGUUAAAUUAUCUGAUUUAAAAUUGGGAAAUUGUUUGACGAAUGAGUCACAGCUGUUCUUCUUCCUCCUAAUUUAUCUGCUUCUGUGUGCAGUUGAAGGCAGUGGGGUGAUCAUAGUGGUGAUCAUACUGUGUUUGCUGCUUCUCGCCUUCCUGGGAAGCGUCGUCUACUUCCUGCAUAAGAAGGGAAAGAUCCCCUGUGGACGUUCAGGAAAGCAGGAGAUCACCAAAGAGAAGCCCACCAAAGACGACAUCGUUGUGGAGAUGAAGAACAACCCAAAGAACGAGGAUGCUGUGCUGCUAAAGGCCGUGAAUGGAGAGAAGAAAGGUCCCAAUGACCAGGUAACUGUUGUGUAAAAAUCCUGAAGGUCGUGCGGAGUAUCCGGACGGAGGAGACCCGGGACGCUCCCUCCCUCUUCGUCCCUUCAUUUUUUGGUCUCAGCAGUAUUCAGCAGGUUCUCCCAGGAACAUACACACACACACACACACCCACAAACAGAACACACACACACACACAAACAGAACACACACUCCCAAGGUGUGUUUGUACAGAUUUAUACCUUUCGAAUGAGUCUUUGCUUCGGCAUUCAGUUCUCUCAUUAGUUUCCAGCUCUCUGCUGUUGUUUAGUGUUUGUGCGAUGGUGAAUCAUCCUUCAUUUUUUUAUGAAAGUGUAAAUAUUAUAUAUAUUUUGUUAUUUAAGAUAUUUUGACUCAGAUUUCCAUUUCACAGCAGCGUCUGGCUCGUGUGCAUGUUUUCUAUAGUUUAUACUUUAGCGUCCAGGUGAGAUUUGAUGCAGGACUUGAUGGAGACCAAACGUUGUAAAAACUCGUCCUACAUUCGACCAAAACAGCUUCUUUUAUUUUCUGCUCUAUAAGACCGCCGGUGAUGAUUUCACUGGCGGCCAUCUUUACCAAACUGCUGUCUCGUUCUUGAACUGUUUGUAAAUAUGCUUAGUUUAGAGACCUGCUAGACCUCCUGAAGCUCAAACAGGUCAAAGUUUCACAUCUGCUGUGCCUGUUUUUUUUUGUUUUUUUUUUUGUUUUUUUUUUCAUCAAACACUGAAUUUAUUUUAUUAUUUUGAAACUGUUUUUCCUCUGUGUUGGCACUGAUUGGUCAGAGCCUGAAGGUCCCGCGUGUUUUUGCAUGUUUUAUACUUUCAUACAUACUUUUUUUAUUUAUAAAUGUAUCUUAAAUGGUUAUAUUUUUCAGCUUAAAUGUUUCUGUCAUAAUUCAUUUAAUUAGCUUAAUUUGAAUUUAGAAAAAUUCAUCUAAUUUUGACAAAUUUAAAUGCAAUCCAAAUUUAUAACAUUAAAGUCAAAAAUAUGACCCGGCCACUAGAUGUUUUGUAUUUUUGUUUUUUAUUUACAGAUUUAAGGUUUGGAUUUCUACAUUUUUUUCCCCCAAACUUUUUUAUUUGAUAUAUCUCAUUAAAACAUGGAAGAAAAAUUUAAGAUAAAACAGGUAAAAAACAAACAAAAAAAAAACCUUCUUGUAUUUGUUAUUCAGAGUCCAUUUGGUUUCUUUUUUUAUUUCUUAGCUCACAGCUUCAUGUUUCAGGAAAGCUCUGCGAGUCGGAUGUAAUUAUAGUGGAUGGAGCCACAAACUGGGGUUUAAUCUAAAACAGGCAAAGAAAACAUGCAAAAACUUACUGCUGGGGUCCUUCUAAAGGCUGGCGUUGUGAAUAUUUCUCACUGUGUACUUUAUUUUGAAAGGGUUCUUUUGUUACCGAGAGUGCUAUACUGCCCCGAUGACUUGCAACAUUUAAAUUUGUAGUGAAGUAUUUUCAGUUUUUUAAUUUUUCGUGUUCCACUGAAUGACGAGAAGCGAUGCAGUCGCUGUUGAACAGAUUUCUGGCUGGAUCUGUGAAUCUUUAUUUGUUCAGUGGUGAGAAAACAGAGUUUGAAACUGAUUCUCUUUUCUACAUGUGCAUAAAUUAAGUGCUCAACAUGUGAUUCUUUUGAUGCUUGUUGUUUUUGUUUUUUUUUACAAGAUGCCAAAUAAAAGUUCCACAUAAA